GGGAGAGGAGGUGGUGAGGUAACUUUAGACGCAUGUCUGAAGCUAGUCAGCUACUUGCUGCAGCCGAGCUGCUGCUCUCAUGAUUAAUGCAAUUUGUGUGUGUGUGUGUUUGUGUGUGUGUGUGUGUGUUACACCACAGCAAAGGGUCAAGAAAGAGAUGGAAGAGAGGACAAAGACAGAGAAGCGAAGGGAGAGAAAGAGGGAGGUCAGAGACGUAUAUAGAGAAAGAAGAGAAGGGAUGCAGUUUUGAGAAAGAGAGGGGGUGUGUGACUGAGGUUGGAGAAGGAGUGUGUUUGUUGGUUUGCUACCGGACAGUGGAUGAAUGCAGGGAGAGGAUCAGUAAGGUUUCUGAAUGGAAACCGUUGGUUUGCAGGUUCUAGAGAGGAGGUCACCCAUGAACAACAACCAUGGAGGGGAACAUGAUUACAACAGCGGAACCGGAGCUCACUCUGUAACCAUGGAAACAGGUCCCACUGGCACCCCGGACCUCCAGGUUCUGACCCACAGAGUGAAGCUUCUAGAGCACAGCCUGAGAGACAACGUCAGCUCCUUCACUGAGUCUGAGAGCGCUCUGCACAGCAGGAUUAGAGAGUUGGAGGUGUCAGAACAGAGCCUGCUACAGAAGGUGGAGGACCUUACUUCCAACUCAGUCCUCCACUGCCCCAGCAUGCUGCAGCGCCAGAGGCUGGAUGAGCGGCUCCACACGCUGAGGGAGGAGGUACGCUCCAUGUCCCAGGAGAAGGAGCGUGGGGAUCGUGUGUGGAGGGAGAGGCUGCGGCGCUGCCAGGCCCAGCUCAGGGCUAAAGAAGAGGAGAUGGGCCGCCAGUCUCAGUACUUUGAGCACUUUAAGAGCCAGCUACACCACAAGCUAGGCCUGGCCAGAGACAGAGAGCAGGGCCUGCAGACCAGACUCCACCAGCUGGAGCGACCGGUGCUGGAGAUGAACGUAUCUGCUGCCACCUACAUAGCCCCUCUCAACACAGCUAGCACCAACUCUGUUACUGCAGACAAUGUCAAGUCCAUCAUGGUACCAACCUCAGGCCAACAGAGAACAGAGACAGAGAGACUGCCCCACCCAAGGGAGGAAGGAGAAGGAGAGGAGGAGGACGGUGAGGAGAAGACACAGCGGAGACACUACGGACAACAGCUCCAGCAGAAGCAGGGAGCGGAUGAUAGAGAAAUAGAGGGAGAAAGAGAGGGGGAGGAAGGGGAAGAUGGUGAGAGUCUGGGGGGUGAGGCUAGACUGAGAAGCUUCAUCCUCAGCCUCCAGGAGGACCUCAGCAUUCUGCUGGAGAGGGAGGAGCAGGGGCUGGCGGAGCAGAGGGGGCUGAUGGAACAGUUGGAGGAAGCGCAGGAGAACAACCACUUCUUGUCCUGUACGUUGGAGGAGAUGAGGACGGUGGUCCACAGACUGAAGCUGACAGAGAGCUCCCUGAUGGAGGAGGUGGAGGAGCUGCAAGAGGAGAACCAGAGACUGUGUCAGAGGCUCAGCCACACUCUGAGACAGACCAACCACAGCCUGGUUUCUACUGACCCCAGACCUGUCUCUACCCCCAGCCUGGCUACCUCCCUGCCAAACACCUCUGGCCUGGGUCAACCAGUUCCCUGCUCUGUGAACAACACUGACCCCAGACCUGUUUCUACCCCCAGCCUGGCUACCUCCCUGCCAAACACCUCUGGCCUGGGUCAACCAGUUCCCUGCUCUGUGAACAACACUGACCCCAGACCUGUCUCUACCCCUAGCCUGGCUACCUCCCUGCCAAACACCUCUGGCCUGGGUCAACCAGUUCCCUGCUCUGUUAACAACACUGACCCGGUGAAGAUGAUCCCAGGCCAGUCUUCACUAGACACAUACCCCUCUGCUCAACACCAUGGAGCAACAGAGAGGUCGCAGGAAAACUCCACUCUGCCUCUGCCCCAGCCGGACCUCCUGAACCUCUCAGGCCACCGUAGCCAGAACCCCGGCCUCAUAUCCCUGGGUACUAAGAGCGUUGAGGGUCUGGGGGAGUUGACCCUGAGGGACUGGUGUCCUGGUCCUGGGUGCUUCCCCUCUCUCAACCUGGAGGAGGGAACAAGCGAGGAGACUGAGGCCCUGAAAGAGGCUUACAGGAGCAUGGGGGGCGACAUGGACUCACUCCGGGACCACAGGGACCAGCUGGAGAGCACUCUACGACACACACAGGACCAGCUGCACAGGGUGACCGAGGAGAACGCCCGACUGAAAUGUAAACUCAGGGCGCAGGGAGAAACGUGGGCCUGCGAGGUGGAGCAGGCGUCCUCGCUUGUUGGCGAGAGCAUGACAAAUGUCCAGGAUAAUAAGGUGUCAACUCCAAACCUCGUCCCCCAGAGUUGCAGAGAGCUCACUGCAACUCCAUAUCAGAAUGAUACUAUCCUCGCCUUAGCCCAGGAUGACCUGUCCCUGUAUGCCUUAGCCCAAGAUGACCUAGCCCUAGCCUUGAACCAGGAGAACCGGGCCCUGGGCAGGCGUAUCCAGGAGCUCCUAGCCCACAUAGAGAGGCAGGAGGGGGAGAGUGAGAGGGAGCUAGUCCAGCUCAGGCUGCAAGUGUCCCUGCUAGAGAGGGAGAGCAGCAGGCUGGAGCAGGAGAACCUGGAGCAGGGAGGUCUCAUCACUGAGCUGACCAGGAAGACUGAGGAUGACCUCAACACUAUCAUAGAGCUGCAGGAAAGACAGGUCGAGAGCGGUCAGCUAGGCCUACAGCAGGGUGACAGUGGUUUGACCACUGAGUUAGAGUCAGAGUGCGGUCAACAGGGUGAGCAUGCGGUCGGCUCAGUGCACGCUCAACAGGGUCAACCCACAGUAGGGGUUGUGACCAGUUUACAAGGUGAUCAGACGCCAGGGUCAGUGAAUAAUGGUGUACCACAGGUUGACCACACGGUUGAGUCAGUGUGUAGUCAGCAGGAGGACCGUUUGACCACGGAGUCAACGUGCAGGCUUAGAGAGAAGAGGGACGAGCUGAUUGGCUAUCUCAGUGAUCUCAAAGAGGAAAGAGAACAGGUAGCCCUCUCACUUAGCAGUCAGACAGAGGAGAAACACCAGCUAACACGCUCCAUGUGGGUUCUGAAAGAAGAACGCGACCAGAUCCAUAAAUCACUCUGUGGUUUAAAAGAAGAGAAAGAACAGCUGACAAGGUCCCUCUGUGGUCUGAAAGAUGAGAGAGACAAGGUGAUGCGGUCAAUGUGUGGUUUAAAAGAGGAGAGAGACCAGCUAGUUCAGUCAGUGUUUGGACUCCAGGAGGAGAGAGACCAGCCAGUUCAGUCAAUGUCUGGACUCCAGGAGGAGAGAGACCAGCUCGUUCAGUCAAUGUCUGGACUCCAGGAGGAGAGAGACCAGCUCGUUCAGUCAAUGUCUGGACUCCAGGAGGAGAGAGACCAGCUCGUUCAGUCAAUGUCUGGACUCCAGGAGGAGAGAGACCAGCUCGUUCAGUCAAUGUCUGGACUCCAGGAGGAGAGAGACCAGCUAGUUCAGUCAAUGUCUGGACUCCAGGAGGAGAGAGACGGCCAAAAAGAUGAGAGAGACCAGUUGAUGCAGUCAUUGUGUGGUUUAAAGGGACAGAGAGACCAGCUAACACAGACACUCAGCCGUCUAGAGCAGGAAAGAGACAGGCUGUCAUCUCUCAGCCUUCAAACACGAGAGCGGUACCAGGUGGACCAGUUUGUCUCUGAUCUAAAAGAAGAGAAAGAGCAGCUAGUUCAGUCAAUGGAUGUUCUGAGAGAACAGAGAGAACAGCUCACAGAGGAGAGAGACCAGUUGCAGAUGGACGUCGCUACUCUACGGUAUCAGCUGCUGUUACAGGGGCGGAGCCACAACCAGCAGCCCUCAGAGAACCACGUUGGCAAGGCAACACGCACAGAGGUUGUGGCUACAGAGAGAGGGAUGCCAAAAAUGCCAAAAAUGCAUGAUGAUGGUGAUGUCACUCAUAGAUGUCUGGCCAUGGUCUACUCCUACAAGACCAUCCGUCUGGCACAGUCUGCACAGGACCACUUGGGAGAGAAGGAGGGAACAGAUAUGGAGCAGAGUGAACUGAUGGGGGAGAUCGAGUCGCUGGGGUUAGAACUCAGAAGCUCACGAGAGGUACUGAAGAAGACCCAAUCAGAGGCUCAAAGGUGGUACCGUGAGCUGGGUGUGUCUGAGGUCAGACGAGAGGAGGCUGAGAAGAGGGCGGGAAAGGCAGCCAAUGAGGUGAAGGGGAUGAGAGAGGAAACCAAGGAGGUGGAGAAGACAAAGAGGGAAAACCACACACUGAGAGCAGAGUUGGGAGCGGUGAAGAGCAGACUAUUGUGUCUGGAGAGAGAGAAGAACGAUGCUCACUCACUGAGGAUCAAGAUCCAGGAGAAGUUCAGCUUGCUUCAGGCUGAACUCAAAGCCAAGAGUGUUGCUCUGAAGGAGCUGAGUUCAGAGUACACAUCUCUGAAGGGAGAGCAGGGCAGCAGAGAGGACUGGAGCAACACACUCACCUUACUGAGGGUGCGCUAUGAUGACAUCAGAAAUAAGUACAAUGUUCUCCUGAGAAAGAGUCAGACGGAUCUGGACAUAGCUCCUCUAAAGGCCAAGCUGUCAUGUCUGGUGGUGAAGUGCCAGCAGAGGAACAGUCUACUGGUGCAGUUGAUGCGAGCCCUGCGUCGGUAUGGCUGCCUGGACUACAAUCUGACCCAGGAGGCUGAGGACCUGCUUAAUGACACAGCACUGCAGGACUACGCCAGCACUUUCACACCCCCAUCCACUGCAGCUCUGCAGGAGAACUCCCACCUUCUCCCACCUGCAGCCUCAGAACGACCAGAGUGCUCACAGACCUCUGCUGCAGCCUCCGCAGCACAGGAGCUGAGUAAAGCUGUGUCUGAAGGCAGUAGGAGGGAACACUUCAGAGUGUGUGUGGCCACAGAAGACUACUGCCCCUCUCCGAACAUGCCUCACACUCUACUGCCAAUGCUGCCCCUUUCUGCGGGUGAAUCAGUCCAAGUCACUGGACUCCCAGACAGACAUGGGAUGUACCAUGCCGAGUUGAAAGGGGAGUCUGGCCUGGUCCCUGCCCGUUUCUUAGAGGAGAAUGGGAGACCACUCAUCCUGACUUCCCCCUCGCCAGAGAGAUGUGCCAGUCUGACUAGGAAGCUGACCAGUCCAGGGAAGAUAAUCAACCUUCACCAGCAGUUGCAGAACACUCUCUCCAACAGCUACCAGGUUUUCCCUUCCAAGACCAGCCCCCAGGUUUACUCCCGUCCCCCUCCAGGACAGGGGUACUCCCCAGGAUACCCCAACCACAACCCUGCUGCCCCCAACCAACCCAAGCAUACCCUUGUAGCAGCUACCCCUCUUAUUACUAGUACUAGUCUCCUAUCUGCCACUGCCCCCACUAAAACUACCAGUGAUGGUGCUACCUCUUCUAAGCAGACCCCAAACAGAGCACAUCCAACUACCAGCCCUCCUGUCUACACCACCACCACCACUACUGCCCUUAGCAGUGGUAAAGAACCCCUCUCUAAAACUGGCUCUGCUGCUGCUACCUCCAAUGUUACAACCCCUGUUAAUACCCCUCCUACCGCUGUGGCCCGGACUGUUAAAGCACAAACUACCACUGCCUUGUGGAACACUGCUCCCACCAAAUCUGCCCCUCCACCUAUUACCGCUGGAACUACAGCCCCCACCAAAAUGGCCCCCAUCACUACUGCUCUUCCCCUUGCUGAGUUGUCACGACUGCCUGAUGAGGACCAUUGCAUCAAGAAGCCCCUCUCCAACCUCCAGCCUGAACAAGCUAAACCACCCAAACCCAGAGCUAUACCAGAACCUCCAGCUGAGGUGAGCUCUGUUGAGGUCAUCAGGACGGUGGGACAGAGCAGCCUCAUGAUUGGUUGGGAGAGACCGCCACUGGAUGAGCUGGGCUGCAGCAACGGAACCUUUGUGUAUGGAUACAUGAUCUAUGUAGAAGGGGAGUUCCACAAGUCUGUCAUGAGCUCUGCAUGCACGAAGUGUAUUCUGGAGAAUCUGGAUCUGUCCGGCCCGGUCCACAUCAGUGUUCAGACCCUGGGCUCCAACGGUCUCUAUGCGGAGAAGGUCCACCUCAUCUACAGGGGAAAACACACCCACUUUAGGACAGAUCACACCCGUGUCAACACAGCUUCUGCUGCUCCCUGCACAGACCCUGCCUACCGAGACUGCAGGACUCCGCCCACACACCGACACAAUGGCUCCACCCAACCACUUGUGGCCAUCUACAACUACAACCCUCUGAAGGACAGUCCUAACCUCCACCCCAGCAGAGAGCUGGCCCUGAGAGAGGGAGAAACCGUCAUGCUGCUAGGCAACCCACGCAACGACGGCUUCUGUCAGGCCGAGGUGAAUGGCAGACGAGGUCUGGCUCCUGUGGCGUUAUUAGAGGAAGUUCCUGUUCCAGACAGACAUGUAAGCCCCGCCCCUCCCCAAUCUUCUCCUGAGAGAGGAGCAGAUGAUAGGCCACUGUGCCUGCCAAUCAGAGAGAAAACACGAUGGGCCUCUGUGACUGUCAAUCAGUGAGAGAACAAGAUGAGAGAGAUUAUAGUGGCCAGAGUUAAUGACAUCGUCAAGCACUGCCUGCUUGUGACACAAACGUUCAUAACCGCUCGCUGCCCAAA